GUCGCCUCCGGUCCCCGCCGCCGGUGCCGCCCCGCUCGCUGCUCCGCCGGGCUGCGCGCCGGGUCCUGGGCAGGGUGUUCUUCUGGCAGUUCACCGGAGACCCGGCGGUUGAUCUGUUUGUUGUGCGUCGCCCUGGACCGGGCAGCACGCACCCCCCUUUUGGGGGGAUCUGGAUGUUUCUACUCCAGUUUUUCUCUUGGCUCCCCUGUGAUCCUGUCCCAGACCGCGGCUGCUUUAAGCAGAAUCAGAUGGACGCGUCUUUUAGAGGAUGAAGAAACUGCCUGAGUCAUUAGGCUGAAGAGUCUCUCGCCCCUGUCAUUUUCUGUCGUGAUGCUUGGGGAGAAACCUGUUUCCACGCCCAGGACAGUGAUAAUUUUAAAGAAACGCGGUGACACUCCAAGGAAUAUCUUAGAGAUGGAUGUUGACAUACCUUUGCUUGAAUAUCAUUUUCCAUCUUCUUACUUUCAAUUCAUGUUUGUCCUUGACGAUGAAGAAAGUUUAUCGAAAAGAGUUUUUUUCUUUUAAAUUGGUAAGACCAUGAAUUAUGGGAUUUCUUAAAUGAAGAAUUCAGGAGUGAAAUGAAUGUCACAGAAAAUAAAUGAUUUAAGUUAUGUCUAUUAAUUUGACUCUAGAUACAUAUAUUUACUUCCUCGGUAAUGCAAGAAGUCUUUGUGGGAAUCAGAGAAGCAAACAGCUGCAUUUUGUUUGUUGUAAACAUUAUUGGCGAAUGAACCAUAUCAAUGUACACAGAGAUUUUCACACAAGUAAGAAAAGCUGUCAAUGGGGCAAAGGUAAAACAUGUUGUAGUAAGCACUGGCACUCUCCAAACAACCAUGGCUUACAUAUUGGAGCUUUGAAACUUAGCACUUCUGCUCCGAAGGGACUCACAAAGGUGAACAUUCAUAUGUCCCGUAUUAAAAGUACUUUGAAUUCUGUUUCAAAGGCUAUUUUUGGCGGUCAAAAUGAAAUGGUUUCACAGUUAGCUCAAUUUAAGCCAAGUUCUCAAUUUUUAAGAAAAGUAUCAGAUAGGGGCUGGUUAAAACAAAACAAUGUUAAGCAAGCCAUUGAAUCUCUGAAAAGCUAUAGUGAUAAAUCAGCAGAAAAGAAUUCUAUUGUGGAACAGAAAACUUACAUUGCAGAUAAAGAAGAAGAUAUAGGUAAACGGAGCAUUUUCCAUUACACAUACAGUAUAACAAACAGAGUGGAAGAGUCAUUUUACUUUGUAGCCAGCCAUAUUAAUUCAUACUUCAACCGCAAGGAAAAAAUGUCUCAAACAAAGGAAGUUAAACAUCUUCAGGACAAACCAGACCCUGAAGAAGGGAAAUUCAGUUCUCCUGGCCCCCACAUCCUGACAGACACACCAGACUCAGGAUCUCCCCUUGAUGCUGGGGACAAACCUUCUAGCCCUAGCCAGAUGUCCGAGGUUCUUCCAGUGUCUGCAAAGCAAAGUAUUGCCAACUUCCUUUCUCGUCCUACUGAAGGCGUCCAAGCCUUAGUCGGCGGUUACAUUGGUGGACUCGUACCCAAAUUAAAGUCUGACUUAAGGAGUCAGUCAGAAGGACAGGAAGAGCCUGAUAAAAAUGAACAAGGUGUCAGCAAAGACAAGAAGGCAGAGGAGAAAAAGCGAGUGUCUCUUCAGCGAGAAAAGAUUAUUGCAAGAGUGAGUAUUGAUAACAGAACUCGAGCCUUAGUUCAGGCCUUAAGAAGAACAACCGACCCAAAGCUCUGUAUUACUAGGGUUGAAGAACUGACUUUUCAUCUUCUAGAAUUUCCUGAAGGAAAAGGAGUGGCUGUCAAGGAAAAAAUUAUUCCGUAUUUAUUACGACUUAGGCAAGUUAAGGAUGAAACUCUUCAGGCUGCAGUUAGAGAAAUUCUGGCCCUAAUUGGCUACGUGGAUCCAGUGAAAGGCAGAGGAAUUCGAAUCCUUACAAUUGAUGGUGGAGGAACAAGAGGUGUGGUUGCCCUUCAGACUCUGAGGAAGUUGGUUGAACUUACUCAGAAGCCAAUUCAUCAGCUCUUUGACUACAUCUGCGGUGUAAGCACAGGGGCCAUAUUAGCGUUCAUGCUGGGAUUGUUUCACAUGCCGCUGGACGAAUGCGAGGAACUGUAUCGAAAGUUGGGCUCAGACGUGUUCUCACAGAACGUCAUCGUCGGGACUGUCAAAAUGAGUUGGAGCCAUGCAUUUUAUGACAGUCACACCUGGGAAAAGAUCCUUCAGGAUAGAAUGGGAUCUGCACUAAUGAUUGAAACAGCAAGAGACCCAGCAUGCCCUAAGGUAGCUGCUGUAAGUACCAUAGUAAACAGAGGACUGACACCGAAAGCUUUUGUGUUCAGGAACUAUGGUCAUUUUCCUGGCAUCAACUCUCACUAUUUAGGAGGCUGUCAGUAUAAAAUGUGGCAAGCCAUCAGAGCCUCAUCAGCUGCUCCAGGCUACUUUGCAGAAUAUGCACUGGGGAAUGAUCUUCAUCAAGAUGGAGGAUUGCUUCUGAAUAACCCUUCAGCCCUGGCCAUGCAUGAGUGUAAAUGUAUCUGGCCCGAUGUACCAUUAGAGUGUAUAGUAUCCCUGGGUACAGGACGGUAUGAAAGUGAUGUGAGGAAUGCUGCAACGUACACAAGCCUGAAGACCAAGCUUUCUAAUGUUAUCAACAGUGCUACAGAUACAGAGGAAGUCCAUAUAAUGCUGGAUGGCCUGUUACCUCCAGACACAUAUUUUAGAUUCAAUCCUGUCAUGUGUGAAAACAUACCCCUAGAUGAAAGUCGAAAUGAAAAACUGGACCAGCUGCAGCUGGAAGGGAUGAAGUAUAUAGAAAGAAAUGAACAAAAGAUGAAAAAAGUUGCAAAGAUAUUAAGUCAAGAAAAAACAACUCUACAAAAGAUCAAUGAUUGGAUAAAAUUAAAAAGUGACAUGUAUGAAGGCCUUCCAUUUUUUUCAAAGUUGUGAGUAGGGUUCUCAUAAACGAAGGCCAUCAGAAGAUCUACCACAGUGAGGAACUGUGGGCUUCAACUUUCUGUGGGAUACUAAGUGAGUUCUGGGAAAUCCUGCAACAGCUGAUGCUUUGAACGGCCUGAACCUCACAAAUGAUGUGUGGUUACAGAAGUCAUAUGGCAAUUAAAUAUUUAAGAUGUUCAUAACCUUAGGCAUUUUAUUACUGUGCUAGUUGGUUUUAGUAUGUGUUGGUCUUAAAUUGUUUGAUGUUUGAAAGUUUAUUAAUAUAUGUGCCAAACAAGAAAUGUGGUGUUAUUCUUUGUGCUUUGCUUUUAGUCAUAUCAAUCAUGUGGAAUUUGUAUGACAACUGAUUUUCUUUUAUAUCAAAAGCUGAUUUCUCUUUACAUUUACACUACUCAGCAUCUCACUAGGUGCACCUACAGUCCACGUGUUACCUUUUACUGUAAUAUCAUUUAAAGAGAUGUAGAAAAUGGAAUUUUCUCUGUAUGUUUGAAAUAGGAAAGAACUAGAUGCAGUUUUCUAUUUUAAAAGAUUGGUGAAUUUCUAGUGAGCUAACUUUCCUCUUGAAAUUUCAAGAUAAUGUUCACUUUCCUAGAUCGAAUGAUAUCUUAUCACUCACUGUUACAGAAACAAUUGUUUGGUUUUACUGAGAAAAUAUUCUUGUCAUUAACAAAAAUAAACUAUUGAAGUGAUCAGCGGUGCAAGACUAAUACCACUUAAAAUUUUUUUAUUGUUUAUAAUGAUUUCCCAGUUUCCUGUAGCAGUUAGAAAGAAAUGUUAGUCUAGUUAGAUUUCCUACAGUAAUCCUUUUACCUGUCAGGGUUUUACCUAAGUCAAAACCUGGUUAUGUAGGCCAAAUAAAUUCUUUGCUGUAUUA